AUGGAAAAUGCAGAGCCAGACUACAUCUCUACGCAGCGCCAAGGAGUCAACUCGAUCUGCAAUACCUUAAUGGAAAGUGGUUUGUUUACAUUUGCAAGUCUCAACUGUAGGAAUGUUAAGCGUUGUGUUGACGGUGUCAAACACCUGUGCAAAACAUGUGUUAUAAUUGCUCUCCAGGAGACAUGGCUGUUGCCGGACGAAAUUCCGUUUUUGAAUGGCAUUGACGACAAUUUCUGUGCGACGGGGACAUCGGCUGUGGACACGACGGCGGGCAUGGUGCGCGGGCGACCGCACGGCGGCGUUGCGCUGUUGUGGAAUAGUGCCGUUCUUCAUGACGUAUCGGUUGUGCAGUGCGAUAAUCCGCGUUUAUGCGCAAUUAAGGUAGUGACGGACGACCGUCCGAUUAUAGUUAUUAGUGUGUAUAUGCCGACGAAUAGCGCGGACAACCUACCGGAAUUUACGGAUUGCCUCGGUGUGGUGAGUGCUAUUGUUGAUGAAUACGGGGUCGAAUCUGUUUAUAUAAUGGGAGAUUUCAAUGCCCAUCCAGGUGAACUGUUUUUCCGUGAAUUGAUGGACUACUGCAACGACCUGGAUUGGUGUUGUAUGGACAUACAAAAACUAGGUAUUGACUCUGGAACUUACACAUUCAUUAGUGAUGCUCAUAAGUGUAGACGGUGGUUGGACCACUGUGUUAUAACACAGUCUGCGUUUGCAUCUGUGAAUGACGUAUAUGUUAAUUAUAAUGUGACCUGGUCCGACCAUUUCCCACUCAUGUUGCAGUGUAAUUUGAAGCUACUUACACCCAGGUUAAAUAGAUCAGUUGACGUAUCAAAUCAACACGUAAUAUGGGGAGGGAGAGGGUCGGAGCAAAUAAUUAGUUGUAGCGCAGAGUGCAACAGGCUGUUGAAAUGUAUUGACUUUCCUAUUGAGUUUACACAUUGUGCAGAUAAAUAUUGCAGUGAAAUGAGGCAUAGGAAAGUCCUGGAUAUUCUGUAUAGAAAUAUUGUGUCUGCCCUUUGUGUAGCUGCGAUGCGAACCGCAACAAGGAAGCGUAAGCCCAAAAAACAGGUAGUAGGGUGGAAUAGGCAUGUCAGCGAUGCGCACAGGGCCGCAAGAGAAAAAUUUCAUGAGUGGACACUUUGUGGUAGACCGGGAGUGGGAAGGUUAUUUAAUGAGAUGUGUGAAACGCGAAGAAUAUUCAAAUCACGCUUGAAAUGGUGCCAGGACCAUCAGACUCAAAUAAAAAUGAAUAUUCUAGCUUCACAGCACUCCAAAAAGGACUUCCGGUCAUUUUGGAAAGCCACAAACAACAUGAAAUUUCGACCUUCGUGCCCUGUGAGUGUUAAUGCCAAAACUGACACCAAAGACAUAGCUAACACUUUUAAAGAUCAUUUCGUUGUCAGAUCGCCGCUUGUACUGUCGCAGGAUGAGAUGAGCGAUGCUGAGAUCAACGACGUGGAACCUGGACCGGGAUAUACUGCUAAGGAUGUAUCGGAAGCAAUUAAAUCUAUCUCCCGAGGCAAGUCCCCAGGGCACGAUGGCCUCAGCAUCGAACAUCUCCAAAAUGCGGGUCCCCACAUCUCAAGAGUGUUAGCUUUGUUCUAUACGUUGUGCGUAAGGCACUGUUAUUUGCCUGAGGAUAUGAUGAAAACUGUAGUUAUUCCUGUACCUAAAAAUAAAACUGGUGAUUUGUCUGACACCAAUAACUACAGGCCUAUAUCCCUUGCCACUAUUAUUGCUAAGCGGGCCUAUGGGGCUCUCCGGGUCCAAUUUAACAACGCGUUCCGGGUCCUGGUGGGGCUGCCCCGCUUCUGUAGCGCAUCAGGGAUGUUUGCUGAAGCACGCAUAGAUUGCUUUUAUACGACUAUGCGCAAGCGAUGCUCAUCCUUGGUGCGCCGGGUGCGGGCCAGCCCCAACCCUAUCCUGCGUUUGAUAGCCGAGAGGAUAACGCUGAAGCAGUCAGUGCUAAGAUUAUAUAGUUCGUUAGCAGUAGUGUGUACGAUGUGCGGUGUGGUGCUCGUGUGUAUGGUGGGGGCGCUGCUGAGCGGCGCGGCGCGCGCGGGGGCUGCCGACGCGGCGCGCGGCGUCUGCGCUCACGACCAGCCGGCACCGAAGAUGACAAUAAAUACACACAGACGUUAUUAUGAAGAACAUUAUGUAAAAUCACAUGGUGAAGACAUACUUCUCCAGUGCUCCUUUGAAGAUGCAUCAAACCUCGGCAUUGAAGAAAAUGGGAAAACUAUACAAACAGAUCGUAUAAAUACAACCGCCGUUCAGACACCGAAUACGAGCUACGAGUCUCCACGCGACUAA